GCUAACAAAAACAAUAACAAAUAACGUCAUCCAUCGUAUGGCUUAUCUUCUUCCUCCCACAGCUGCUGUCCGGCGGAAUAUUUAAACUUUUUUUUUUCUCUUUAUUUCUUUUGUUUCAAGUCUCAUUCAUUUCUGAUUUUCUGUAUUCUCCAAAUUAACUCCAGAGUCCAGACAAACAAUUGAGUUGUUGAUUCAUACACGCAAAACAAUUGUAUUGCAUUAUAAAUCCCACUUUUCCCAGACUAGAUUAGAUCCCAAAUCCCAAUUUGUUUCGUUCAUCGUCUCUCAUCUCUAGUCAUCGCAAUUAUUCAUUCAUUCACUAUCAAUAUAAAUGUCGGGAAUCAUGAGGCAGAUUGCGAAGCAGCGGAUAAUUGCGGCGACGGUCCACCGUAUGACGACGCAGACUUCGUCAUCGGAGACAUCGAGGAGGCAGCGGAGGCACAAGUGGGACCAGGGCGGGUCUCGGGAUGAAAAUCAGAGCGGAGGAAGAUCAGAGCGGAGGAAGAUCAGGGCGGAGGCCAAUUGCCCUCGCUGUUCCUUUAACCGUAUGGGUAUGGACUUUUUCUUCUCCGACACCAAAUUCCCCAAUCUCGAUGCCCAUGAUAAUGAUAAGAGUCAUCAUUAUCAGGGAGAGGCGCUCAAUCUCUGCCCCAAUUGUAAGACCGCCUACUACUUCCGACCGCACAGGAUCGCUCCUCUCCAGGGUACCUUUGUGGAGAUCCCCUCCGCUGGUAAUAAUUAUAACAAGAAAGAUAAUAAUAGUAUUAGUAAUAUCAUUAAUAAUAAUAAUAAUAAUAAUAAUAAUAAUAAUAGCAACAACACUAGUCCUAGUCCUAAUGUUAAUAAUAGGCUCAACUUGCUUAAGGCAUCCUUCUGGGAAAGUUUGACAUCAUCUUAUGAUGGCAAUGCUAACGGCAAUAAUGGUAAUGGUAAUGGUAAUGGACCUCCGCCGGGCAAUGGGGUGGCGGUCCACACUCCUCCGGGGCCGCCGUUCGCGCCUGGGCUUAAUGUGGUUAGAGCAGAGAGAGAGAAGGGGGGUGGGCAGCAAUGGGGCGGGUCCAAUCUGGGAAAGGAUUUGCCGACGCCUAAGCAGAUUUGCAUGGGUCUUGACAAGUUUGUCAUUGGCCAACACACGGCUAAAAAGGUGCUUUCUGUGGGUGUUUAUAAUCACUAUAAAAGAAUAUACCAAGCGUCCUUGCAGAAGAAGACAGGAGGUGAUGAUGAUGACGACAACGUGGAACUGGAAAAGAGCAAUGUGCUUCUGAUGGGUCCGACUGGCUCUGGGAAGACAUUGCUUGCCAAGACACUCGCUCGAUUUGUUAACGUUCCUUUUGUCAUUGCCGAUGCCACUACUUUAUUGCAGGCUGGUUAUGUUGGAGAAGAUGUUGAAUCGAUUUUGUAUAAACUACUCGCGGCAGCAGAAUUUAAUGUACAAGCGGCACAACAAGGAAUCGUUUACAUUGAUGAAGUUGACAAGAUAACCAAGAAGGCUGAAAGCUUAAACAUUAGCAGGGAUGUUUCUGGUGAGGGUGUUCAUGAGGGGGUGCAGCAGGCAUUGCUGAAAAUGCUUGAAGCAACUAUAGUGAAUGUUCCUGAAAAGGGGGCGAGGAAGCAUCCUAGGGGUGAUAACAUACAGAUAAAUACAAAAGACAUUCUUUUUAUAUGCGGUGGAGCAUUUAUUGAUCUUGACAAAACCAUUUCAGAAAGAAGGCAAGAUUCUUCUAUUGGUUUUGGUGCUCCUGUUCGUGCUAAUAUGAGAACUUCUGGUGUAACCAAUGCAGCAAUCACAUCCUCUUUACUUGAAUCAGUUGAAAGUUCUGAUCUUAUUGCGUAUGGUCUCAUACCAGAGUUUAUUGGACGCUUUCCAAUUUUAGUUAGUUUAUCAGCUUUAACUGAGGACCAACUUGUUCAGGUCCUCAUGGAACCAAAAAAUGCCCUUGGCAAGCAGUACAAGAAGUUAUUUAGCAUGAAUAACGUUAAGCUACACUUCACGGAGAAGGCGCUGAGAAUGAUUGCAAACAAAGCAAUGGCUAAGAAUACUGGUGCGAGGGGUCUAAGAGCAAUACUUGAAACUAUUCUAACUGAGGCAAUGUAUGAGAUUCCAGAUGUCAAAACAGGAAAUGAAAGGAUAGAUGCUGUAGUAGUUGAUGAAGAGUCGGUAGCUUCAGUGAAUGGUCUUGGAUGUGGAGGGAAGAUUCUUCAUGGAGAUGGCGCAUUGGAGCGUUAUUUGGCAGAAAGCAAGUUGAAGGAUUCAGUUGAGAACGUAGAGGGAACUGAGGGAGAGUUGCAGGAUGGAGAAUCUGAACUUUCAUCAAGAGCCAUGAGCAUGUAACACUAAUACCAUCUCGUUAGUUAUUGUUUUCAUCUUUGUCUCAUUGUUAUUUGUAAAAAUCUCAUUCAUAAUUCUCUCCAGUUAUAUCUCCUUGUAAAGAACAGUGUAGCUUCUAAUUCAAGUUCACCAGAUGGGUAUAAUCGAAAGGGAAAAAAAUUUGGAAUUCAUAAAGAAAAAGAUUGUAUAAAGACCUCUUUAAACAUUAAUAAAUGAGGGGAUUUGAG